AUGGUACAGAGCGCAUCAUCCCUCAAUGGUGCACCGAACAGCGAAGGUGGUAGAGGAGGAGGAGGAGAAGGUGAAGGAGAAAGAACAUCCAACGUAAUCAUCGUCGACGGCGAGUCUUCGUCGACCUCUUCCCUGACGCGCGGCACCGGUAACUGGUUCUCCCUGUUCAGGUGGUUCAGGUCGCGGAACAAUCGCGACUCUACCGUGGAGAAGCGACGGAGAACCGAUGAAGUCCGACGCAGCAGCGUCUACUCCAGCGCGGAGAAUGUAGACACCUUCUACAGCACCACCACGGUCCGCAGCUUCGCAUUCCACGCGGGCACCCUGGACCGGUGCGACGUGCAACUGUCCUUGGACAUCCUUGGACACCGAGCGGCCGAGGUUGGUCCCUUCGCAGCGGGAGCCUCGAAGGUCGGCAACAAGGAGAACACCAACGCGGCCGCCUGCACUUUACCCAUUAACGUGCACUCCAGGCGACGGAACAUCACCGCCAGGUACUCGCUGCAUCCGUCGACGACCUUCGCCUCCUGCGAGAAUUUCCCGUCGCCCGAGAAGGGCUCGAGGACCGGGGGACGGAGGAUACACGUAAAGGGCAAACGAAGGGCGCCGAAUCCUCCCGCGGUGAUCAAGAUUGUGGAGGUCGAUGUACGGGAGACACCCGCGAGGAACAGCAAUAGGCGGAAACGACGGGCCCCACAGCCGCCGGAGAGGUCGACGAAUCAUCCUUCGGCCGAGGAGCAGUCCAGGAGGUCGCUCAUCAUCAAUGGCGGUAAUGGUAUGGAGCUGAGGAAUGUCGAGGAGAGGCAAUCCAUCAGCAACGACACGCUGGUUCUUCAAGGCGGGAUGCGGCUGUCAAAGAAGGAGGUUCGCAGCAGCCCGAAAGCGGCAAAGAGCAACAAAGCUGAUGAUCCUGGAUCCAGUGUCUUGAAUCCCCGGGAAAAUACCCUGCGGACUUCGAUCGGCUCCACCUUGGCCAUGCCGCGACCUUGGUACAAGCGCAGCGUCUUCGAGCACUCAUCUCAUCGCGACGCAGGCUCGUCCUCCAGGAGAGAAGGUCCCGCGACGUCAGCCUGCGAGAUGAGGAAGAAGUGCGUCGGAACGAGCGCAAGUUACUCCGUGGAUUCCACGUCGAGGCUGAGCUUCUUCCAUCACGACGACAAGAAGCGACAGGAGGCGAAACGAAGAUCCGGCCUGUCGAUCCUGACGAACAUCAGCGAGCUCGACAAGGAGGCGGCGGCGAUCGUGCAGGAGGAACAAGCGCGCGCGCGGGCGUCGAUGUUGCUGAAGACGUCCAAGUUUGCGGACGAGUUCGAGAGGAGGAGCGACGUCAACGAGGAGCUCGUCCAGGACAUAGUUACCUCGGCGAUGGAGAACGCGUCACCCCGUCGGGGCGCUCGCGCACUCAUCUCCAAGUUUAACGCCAUCAGCAACAUCACCAAAGUCACAGUUAAUGCCAAUUUCUUCGCUAAGAGGGAUCAAUCAGAUUACAAGCUCGAGCGGGACGUGACGAGGAGCAGAUUCGAGCAGAUGGGGGACUGGAGGAGCCAGAGAUUUUCGGCGCAACAGGAUCUCAGUCAAAAUAUUCGCGUCGAUAGAGACAUCUCCAGGUACUUCCUGCCUCAGCAGAGGUCAUCGAGGAACGAGGCAAAAUUGACGGAUAUAAAUUCGGUGGAUGUAAAAACUACGUCUAGCAAGGAGCUGUCGGAACGAACUGGAGCAAACUGUCAAAACGAUCAGCUGAUGAGGGUGUCUGACAGGAUAUCGUUUCUGCAAAGCCAACUCGCUGCGAAUCGCGCGAACGAGUCUCUGGCUGUUCAAAAGGACAUUGCAUUAUUGUUGGAAGAGAAAAUCAGAGUGCGACAGGAGAUCACGGAAGAAAAAGGAAAAGGAUCGCCGAGGCUGAACAGCGAAACUGAUAGAAAAUUUCUGCUGUCCCGCGCCCGUAACUUAGUCAAAAGCAUGGAAAGUGCGUUAGAUUCCGAAAGAGACAUCAGGACGAAAGGAACGGGAAGACAGAAAGAAUUCUCGAACAUAUUCGACGAGAUCGAUCGGAAGCUGCGUUCCAGGGAGUUGAAGCUCGGGGAGGAGCGGGAAGACCGCGUCGGGGACAAAGUUCCGGAAGACGAAGCCGUAUCGAGCAGAGUGGCUAAAGUGCUCGACAUCCUGGUGGAAGCUGAGAAGGAUGGCAGGACGAGAUCGGCGGCGCAGCCGGGAAUAUCGAUGCGGGACAAGGAAACGUCGCGUUUGAUUAAUUCGAGCCAGCAGACCGAGUCCGGUAAGACAAAAUCGACCGUUCUCAAUACCGUCGAGGAUCAAAUUACGGUGGAUCUGAAGGAGAUGCUGAAGGAGAUGAAGCACUCGUUGCCGAAGCGACCUAAACCGAGAAAGCCUAUGUCGAGCGACGUCGAUGCGGUGGUUCUCGAAAAGGCUGAUAAGCCCGUAUCUGCGAGCAAGUCGAGCGAUUACGAGGCGGAUAAGCAAAAGGUGUCCUCGUCGGCCCAAACCAGUGGAAACAUCCGUAGAUUGAAUCAGCCUUCUACGUCCGCCGACGCGUGACCGUCUACGUCUGCGGGUUGGAAACACGAAAACGUGCUCUACAGAACUUCCGGCAAAGGCUCGGCCCUUGUCAAGAAUACUUUCCAGCUGAUACGACCGCGCGAUUUCGCCGAGAUAGAGGCUACGAAGACCACGAGGGAAAUUGGAAAGGAAAACACUUAUGCCAAUAUGAUGAAACCAUCCUUGUACGCCAAUGCUCACGUUCCUCCUACCUCCUACCCGAAACAAUCAUCGCCGAAUUCGACACCAUCUAAGGAUAUUUCGAGAAGUAAUCAUGUUAAAGCAUCGCCCAAUAUUGUAAACGAGAGUAAAAUGCUGAACGAUGAAGAAUUUGCAUAAGAAGACGAUAAUUCAGCGGCGAAGAACAUGAAUACUCUGGAUAUUAAUCGAUUACUAAGAAAGCUGGAAGGAGCAAUUGCGUCGGGCCAUCAUCAACAAGCAGCUGGAUUAGCGAAGGAAUUGGCAAGGCUCAAAAUCCAUUGUUCCGUGAUACGACAACGUUCGGCGGCGCGUUUGAAGGAUCAAUCGAUUAAAGUCAACAUGUAUAUCAAAGACAAACUUGCUCACCAAGGGCCCAUUCCGCUUCAGCUACCAACGAGGAUGAUGAUAGCCGAACUGAAGACAAAGGUACAGACGGAGUUUGAAAUUCCCACGAAUGUGCAGCGCUGGAUCAUCGGGAAAAGAUCGCCGACUAUGAGCCGUUUUACGUUUGAAACCGCUGGUUCGACCAGAGACAUUGUACUAGGUCAGGAUUUUCUAGACGAUAACGAAAUAACGUUAGUCUAUCGGCCUCAACGGAAGGUGCGUAAAAACGAUUUAGAAUGCGGGCUAGAAUCUUUCCUGACGGCUUUAUUACGAAUCGAAACUUGCGCACUCACGGAUGAUAGGAGUGUCGUGCCGAGAGAAUUUCUCACAGAUUUCGGUCAAGAAGCAGAGGAAAAAUUACGAGAAAUAAUCGAAAAAGUAAAAAACACGAGCGUUCGAUUAAUCGAUGACGAUUACACAGUGAAAUACGUCGCCGUAUUGCGCGAGAAUUGUGCCAGUAAGGAAAAAAAACGGCUCAAUGCGACUGUGCGUCGAUCUUCGGCCGUUAAAUAG